AUGGCGGCUCGCAGCGACAAGAUCGAAAAGAUCAUUGCGCGUAUGCAGCAACGUAUCAGCGAAGGCCAGUACUAUGAAGCUCAGCAACAAACCCGCGUCGUUGCCGCUCGUCACAUCAAGGCUGCCAACUGGACAGCGGCCAUUGAUAUUUUGUACAAUGUGGCGCAAGCCUUGUUGAAGGCAGGCCAGGGCGGCAGCGGCGGCGACCUGAGCAUUUUCAUGGUCGAUGUUUACCAGCAGGCAGAGCUCACGCCCGACGCCAUAUCGCGGGGCCGGGUUCUGACAUGUCUGCGCCUCUUUGACAGUGGGGAGCCGACGCGCAAGAAGUACAUUACGGAAGCCAUAGCAUGGUCUGCCAAGUUUGGCGAAUACCCGGCCGGCGACCCUGAGCUGCACCACGUCAUCGGCUCGCUCUAUGCCGACGAGCACGAACCCUACGAGGCCGAGCGCCACCUCCUGACCGGAACCAAGGACUCUCCAGCAGUUCUUGCUCGCAUGGAGUACGCGUGGUACCAGCAGGACGAAGCUCAUACAGCCCCGCUGUACGUUGGUCGAGCUGUCCUGCCAUACCUGCUCAUGGCCAACGUACGCGCCGCCAACGAGAGCUUUCGCGUCUUUGCGACCGCCUUGACCAACGACAACCCGGGCCUCAAUAUCCAAGACGUGAGCAGUGCAAGCGCUGAUGUGCGCGUGUUCCCCAGCCUGCCGCUCCUCAAUUUCCUUAGCCUGUUACUGUUGGCCGUCCAGCGCGGCAGCCCUGAGCUAUUCCGGCAACUGUCGACCAAAUACGCAACACAGCUGCGGGAGAACGAGUCAUGGUCAGACGCGGUCGAGACGAUUGCCGAGAUGUACUUCCACAUCCAGCGGCCACGGCAGAGCAACCCGCUGUUUGAUAUGAUGGGAAGCUUGUUCGGCGGCGGUGCUGGUGGUGGUGGUGGUAGUGGCGGCGGUGGCAACACAAGAGCAAAGGGAAACAGAAGCAUCGAGGCACCAGUCGCGGAAGGUUUGGACUAG